GGUAUGACAGGAGCUUAUAUACAAGUCCACGCGGAAGCUAGCUGGCUUCCAAUGACAAAAGGACACCAAGGUAGCUGUGUAAAAGAGCAGGUGUUCCUGAGGAAUAUUUAGAUAGCAGGAAAAAAAAUAGAGUCCAGGACACCUGAAGAGUUUUCUACCUGUUGGCACAAGUGGGUUGAAAGGCUAGAGGCAGUCUCUCUCUCUGUAAAAGCAAUUACACAGAGGCAGAGAGAGGAACGGAAUACCUGAAGUGCAUGUUGGAGAGUUUUAAAAAAUUCUUUUGUCUUAAGUGAGUUGGCAGUACUGAAGCAUGUUUAGGAAAACAACUGUGCCGGCAAUCUCUAAUGGCAGCUACCUGGAGGAGCAAUCAAAUGGCAAGUUGGUCUCUGUGUGCAACACCAAAGCAGCGCAGGGAGACAAAGUGGUCCUGAAGAAGAAAGUCACUUUCCUGAGAGGGGUGUCUAUUAUAAUUGGCACCAUCAUUGGAGCAGGAAUAUUCAUCUCUCCCAAAGGAAUACUCGAGAACACAGGCAGUGUGGGAAUGUCCUUGACUGUCUGGACUGUUUGCGGCAUCCUUUCACUCUUUGGUGCUCUCUGUUAUGCUGAACUGGGAACAAGUAUUAAGAAAUCUGGAGGGCACUAUACAUAUAUUCUGGAAGCCUUUGGCCCAUUGCCUGCAUUUGUAAGAGUCUGGGUGGAGCUCCUUAUCAUACGCCCUGCUGCCACCUCAGUAAUAUCCCUGGCAUUUGGACGCUACAUUCUGGAACCGUUGUUUAUGCAGUGUGAAAUCCCAGACCUUGCUGUUAAACUUAUUACAGCUGUGGCCAUCACACUUGUAAUGGUCCUGAAUAGCAUGAGUGUCAGCUGGAGUGCCCGCAUCCAGAUUUUCCUCACCUUUUGCAAGCUCGUAGCAAUUUUGAUAAUUAUAGUCCCUGGAGUUAUGCAGCUAAUUAAAGGUGAAACUCAGCACUUUAAGGAUGCAUUUGUAGGAAAUGCAGCCAGUGUCAAGGGAUUACCUCUUGCUUUUUAUUCGGGAAUGUAUGCCUACUCAGGCUGGUUUUACCUCAAUUUUGUUACUGAAGAGGUAGAGAACCCUGAGAGAAAUGUACCACUUGCUAUUUGCACUUCAAUGGUUAUUGUCACAGUUGGCUAUGUGUUAACAAAUGUGGCCUAUUUUACAACAAUCAGCCCUGAAGAUCUGCUACUGUCCAAGGCAGUAGCAGUGACUUUUUCUGAACGUUUACUGGGAAGUUUUUCUUUAGCUGUUCCCAUUUUUGUUGCGCUUUCUUGCUUUGGUUCAAUGAAUGGUGGUAUUUUUGCUGUCUCCAGGAUGUUCUACGUUGCAUCCCGUGAGGGUCACCUUCCAGAAAUUCUCUCCAUGAUUCAUGUCCGCAAGCACACUCCUCUGCCAGCUGUCAUUGUUUUGCAUCCUCUGACUAUGAUAAUGCUCUUCACAAGUGAUAUCUACAGUCUCUUGAAUUUUCUCAGUUUUGCCCGGUGGCUUUUUAUCGGAUUGGCAGUUGCUGGAAUGAUUUACCUUCGAUAUAAACGUCCUGAUAUGCCUCGUCCUUUCAAGGUGCCGCUCUUUAUUCCUGCUCUGUUUUCCUUCACUUGCCUCUUCAUGGUUGCACUGUCACUUUAUGCUGAUCCUGUCAAUACUGGCAUUGGCUUUGCAAUAACACUGACUGGUGUCCCUGCUUACUACCUCUUUAUCAUAUGGGACAAAAAGCCAAGGUGGUUUAGGCAACCUUUGGACUGGAUAACUUCAUCAUUGCAAAUAAUCUUGGAAGUUGUUCCUGAAGAGGAUAGGGAGAUAUCCUGAUCAUCCGCAGCUUUGAAAAGAGAACAAGAAUUGAACAGGCAUCCAGUUUGGUCCUUGGUCAAGUAAAAGAGCUGUCUCAUCACUGAAGCUAGGAAGCUUGGGGAAACUACAUGAGCAUGAGUUUUAGACUGAUUUCUGAUAAGGAACUACAGAUGAAACUGUUUGAUGAUGUCAAACAUUUUUAGGUGUGGUUAUCUAUUAUUAUAGACAUAUUGACAAGAGUCUUGAAAGGAGAUACUAUGAAAACUUUGUGAAACAAAUUACAUUUUCUCUGUUUACAAGAAUACAGUCAAUGUGAUAUGACAUCCCCUUUAUGGUACUGUAUUGUAUCAGGAAUGUUGCUUUUAACAUUGAUGAUUUUUAUUGUAGUGAAAAUGAACAUUUGUUUUAAAAAUGUUCAAAAAUAGCUAGAAAUAAUAGGAGUGAUGGUAUUUAUUGGACCUGAAGAAAGACAGAAGUAUAUAAAAAAGUGCUAAUAUUAUUCUUACUUCAUCUCUCUAAUAUCUUAUCCCUUAAUUUAGCUGAGAACAUCUAACACAUAUUUAAAAGAUUCAGGUGGGUAGCCAUGAUGGUCUGAAGCAACAGAACAAAGUUUGAGUUCAGUGGCACCUUUAAGACCAACAAAGUUUAAUUUGGGGUA